GUGUUGUCAUGCCAAUAAAGCCAAUUGAAUUGAAUUGAAUUGAAAAUUGAGAGAGAGAGAGAGAGAGAGAGAGAGAGAUUUAUUCAUUUAUUUGUUUUUUUAAAUACUAGCAUGUUGACUUCAAAUGGCUGCUGAACACUGACCUAUCGAUUGACACCUGAUUUGACCAAUUGAGAACUUCUAUGUCCAAUCGCAGCCCAGCGAGCUGAUGACUGGCGUUUUGUAUAGCCAAUAUAGUUUCGUUCAGAACCCGCUCUGGUUCUGUUUCCUAUUGGCUCGCAGGCGUUAGGCUAUUAGGGGGCGGGACAUCCUGUAGUUGUGCUGUUCUCGAUUGGAUGCGACCCUACGAACCGGGAAUAUUUUGAAACUUCAGUGGGUGUGUGCUGUGCAGUUAGCUUAAUGUGUUUGUCAAACUGAUAAAACUUGGUAGUACCAGUUACUGUAGAACGGAUUUAUUUCCUUGACGUAGUUUUAAGUAGUUCUCUAUAAUUCUCCAUGGAGAAAGUAGCAGGGGAGAAGCAGUGUGCUGGGCCGAGGGGCAGCCUGGAGCUGGCUGACAUCGUAGUGGUUGACUUGGAUUCCUACGUUAACGUUGAACUGGACCAGGGCAACAACGACGGGUUGAUUUCAGAAAUGGGAAAAAUGUCAGAUAUAUCACAAGCUCUGUUUCAGAAUGAAGAGGAAGAUGAAGAUGAGAGUGAGGAGGAUGAUGAUGGUGAUUAUGACGACAGUGGCACAGACCAUUUUGGCUCUGAAAAGUCAGGGACUCGGCUGCAAAGAUGUGAGCGCCGUGGAGGAGUCACUUCAGGUCUUCCAGACACGUUCCAGACGAGCCACCUGCUGUUCUAUGAGAGGUUCAAGGCGUACCAGGACUACAUGCUGGGAGACUGUAAGCCGUCCGAGGUAAAGGCCUUCACAGCAGACUACCUGGAGAAGGUGGUGGAGCCGUGUGAUUGGCUGGCUCUGUGGUCUACUGAUGCUUUUGAUGUCCUGUUGGAGGUGUGUAAUGUGGACUGGAAGGAUCUGAAGGCGUGUGUGAGGCUGGUGCUGCCCCUGCAGUGUGAUACCAAAGUCUGUGAACUCACUGAGGAGGCCAUGAAGUCUCUGCUGGAGGCCACUCAGCACAAAAUCCCCCUGCAGGAGCUCCAGGUGGUUUAUGAUCAGUCUGGAGACUUUGAUCAGACCGCGCUUGCUCUUGAGCACCUCAGAUUUUUCUAUAAACACAUCUGGAGACAGUGGGAUGAGGAAGAUGAAGAUGAUGACUUCGACUACUUUGUGCGCUGCGUGGAGCCUCGUCUCAGACUCUACUAUGACAUGUUAGAAGACAGAGUCCCAGCAGGCCUGGUGGCAGAGUACCAAUCCUUACUGGAAAACUGCUCCCAGUGCUUCCAGCAGUUCUCUGUGCUGCGUAGCGGCCUCAGCACCGACUCAGACUCGGAGCUGGACAACGUGUCCAUGGUGGAGGGCCUGAAGCUCUGUGACCAGCUGGAGAAGUUCAAACGUAAGCUGCACCUCAUCGAGAAUCCCCUGUUGAGGUAUGUGCUUGGCUACAGAGGUAAUACAAGGCAACAGUGUGUGCAGAGCCGUGGGCCUAGAGCAUCAGGUAUGAAGGUCGUCCAUGUGGUCACAGCCUCCUGCAGCACCAUCCAGCUCCAGUCCCUCAUCACUAACAGACUUCUGGCUCUUUGUUCUUCUGAGGACACUGAGAUUCAGUUCCAUAGAGAGCCAGUGUCAGCAGUGGAAACAUGCCAUCAGGGUGAUGUGGUUAUUGUCCUCCCAGGGAUCUACAGUGUCAGCAGCACCAUUUUCCUCCCAGAUUCCAUCACUAUAGAGGGAUUUGGGCUUCCUGAUGAAGUUGUGAUUGAAAAGAAAAACAAGGGCGACUCAUUUGUGGAGUCCACAGGAGCUGAAGUUAGACUUUCCAACAUAAAGUUCAUCCAACACGAUGCCAUCGAGGGCAUUCUCUGUGUACGUCAAGGGACUCUGAAUAUGGAGAACUGUGUGCUGCAGUGUGAGACCACAGGAGUGAUCGUCCGAACAUCAGCCAGCCUCACAAUGAAUAUGUGUGACCUGUAUGGCUCAAAGGGGGCAGGAGUUGAGGUUUAUCCCGGCAGCGUUUGCAGUCUGCUGGGUAACGGUAUCCAUCACUGUAAGGACGGAAUCCUGAUCAAGGAUUUUGCCGAUGAGUUUGAUGUGAUGCCGUCAAUCACCAUGGAGAACAAUGUGAUCCACAACAAUUCAGGCUACGGGGUGAUUCUAGUGAAACCCAACAACGGGGAACAGCACGGACCUCCUGUGGACAGAAGUGAAGACCCAGCAGGAGCGACAGCUGAGGACAAAGCACAGGAAGGUGUUGCUGACCCCGUCCUCAUCUCCACAACAUCCACAACAGACCCGAGCAGAAGCAGUUCAGCAGACGUUCCGCCCGAGGCAGCAGUCAACAACAGCACGGGUGCAGACAUUGCCUCCACCUCAAGCAGGAAGUGGCAGUUUGGUCAUCAGCUGAGCAGGAACAAGGAAACGUCCUCCAGCCGACCCGUCCAGGAUCUGAUAGACCACCAGAUCUUCGUCUCCAUUCAGGGAAACCAGUUCAGACGGAACGGCAUGGGCGACUUUGGCACCUUUUUCUACUGACGAGUCACUUUCUAAAGGUCCUUUCAUAGUUUGUGAUGAGAGCCGCAUGUUUUAGAUGAUUUCUUUUGCUUGUCUAAAAAUAGAUAUUUCUGAUUCACAGCCAUCACUUGAAGUGUUCUGCAGACACCAUCAUAAUGCUCCUGUGUUGACAGGAAGUGUUGUGAUCAGUUAGAAGUUGUCAGUGUAUUUGUAAAGCACUCUGAACUUCUACCUGUUAGACGGUAAAUAGAUCCCCACAUUGGAACUUGGACCAAUGCUUUUAUCAUAUUUAUUAUUUUUUGCUCCAGAGGGUAUAUGUUUUUUUUCAAAUGCUAGAAAUCCACUGGUAAUUUUAAAUGCAGCUUUUUGGCUCCACUUAAGAUAUAAUGAAUGUUGUUUUCUUGUUGAAAGCUGUGCACAGAUGUUUCCUUUGGUUGUUAUUGGAUGUGAGUUUCACAUGGUGCCUGGAUUGUUUCAGAAGGUGGUGAUGUAUUUUGUGGUUGAGGGAAGUCUUGGGGCUGACAGGCUCUAACACUAGAAACUAAGUGAAGAUGGACUGAGAUGGUUUUGUAUAUACACCGACUCAUUAUGAGCCUUUGGUUUAAAGUUCUACUCGUGGAAAUGGUAAAUAUAAUGAAUAUCUGUUAACCUCUAUGUGGUGGUGCAGUAUAUUGUUUGCUGAAACCUUACUAAACUUAAGGCUAUGGAUCAUUCAUUAUGCACAUUGAUUUUAACAUGAAUGACUUCACUUGACCUUUUUUCAUGUCCUCCACAAGCUGGAAUAUUAAAAAUCUUUGAAAUGA